GACUCUGCCCAUCGCUGACAGCAUGGAGGAUCGGAGUGCUCCUCUGGGGCCUUACCGGGCCACCAAGCUGUGGAAUGAAGUAACCACAUCUUUUCGAGUAGGAAUGCCUUUAAGGAAACAUAGACAACAUUUAAAAAAAUAUAGCAAUUGUUUCACUUCAGGAGAAGCAGUUGAUUGGCUUUAUGAUCUAUUAAGAAGUAAUAGUAAUUUUGGCCCUGAAGUUACAAGACAACAGACUGUUCAACUAUUGAGAAAAUUUCUUAAAAAUCAUGUGAUUGAAGAUAUCAAAGGUAGAUGGGGAUCAGAAAACCUCGAUGACAACAAUCAACUAUUCAGAUUUCCUGCAACUUCUCCACUUAAAACUCUUCCACCAAGACAUACAGAAAUCAGGAAAACAAGCACAGAGUACUUUUCCAAAGAUAAAGACAGUAUUUUUAAAUUACGAAACAUGACUCGUAAAACUCCUAAGAAGCGUGGAUUACUUUUCUCUCAGGAAAAUACAGAAAACAUAAAUCGUGAAAGAUUAAUCAAAGAAGACCAAGAAAACUCAGCUGACAACAGAGAAAUAAGCCAGCAAGAUGUCGAAGAAGUUUGGAGAUAUAUUAUUAUGAUCUACCUGCAAACCAUUUUAGGUGUGCCAUCUAUAGAAGAACUCAUAAACCCAAACCAAGUAAUUCCUCAAUAUAUAAUUUACAACAUGUCCAACACAAGUAAGCAUGGAGUGGUUAUACUACAAGACAAAUCAGAGGAUCUUCCACAUUGGGUAUUAUCUGCUAUGAAAUGCCUAGCAAAUUGGCCAAGAAGUAAUGACACCAAUAGUCCAACUUAUGUUGGAUUUGAACGUGAUGUAUUCAGAACAAUUGCAGAUUAUUUUCUAGAUCUCCCUGAACCUCUACUUACAUUUGAAUAUUAUGAAUUAUUUGUGAACAUUUUGGUUGUUUGUGGCUACAUCACAGUUUCAGAUAGAACAAGUGGAAUAUAUAAAAUCCACGAUGAUCCACGGUCUUCAAAUAUCCAUCAUUUAAGCAAUUUGAAUUCCUUCAAAUCAACUGAGUGUCUUCUUCUCAGUCUGCUUCACAAAGACAAAAGCAAUGAAGAAUUGGAUUCUACUGAGAGUCUGCAAAGAAGUGAUCAAGGACCUCAAGAAAGAUGUGCCAAGACCAUGCAGCUAGUUAAUUUAAGAAACAGAAGAGCUAGUGCUAAUGACAUAAUGGGAGGAAGUUGUCAUAAUUUAAUAGACUUAAAUAAUACACAUGUUCUGUCCUCUAACAUCAAACCAAGGUGCUCUUCUUUGGAAGGAAUUGUAGAUAUACCAGGGAAUUCAAGUAAAAAGGUAUCCAGUAUCUUCCACCAGUCUUUCCUGAACAAAGAAGAACAAAAUAGUAAACAAUCUUUAGUACCAAUGCCCAAACAGAAAUCUCUAUUUAAUCUUCACUCCAAAGAAAAUAUUCAGCAGCCAUACUGUGUUGGUAUUGAAAGAAUCCCCACUUUGACUGUGCAAGACCAAGGGGAGUUAUUGAAAGGAAAAAAUAAUUCAAAACAGCUUUUUAGAUCUCAGAGUUUGCUUUUAAGAAGUAGUACAAGACAGAACAGAUAUAUCAAUACACCAGUGGCUGAAAUUAUAAUGAAACCAAAUGUUGGACAAGGCAAUACAAAUGUUCAAAGUGAGCUCGGAGAGUCUAGUCCCACAAUCAAUAAAAGACUGUGCAAAAGCACAGUAGAACUUUCAGAGAAUUCUUUACUUCCAGCUGCUUCUGUAUUGACUGGCACACAAAGUUUGCUGCAACCUCAUUUAGAAAGAGUUGCCAUCAAUGCUCUACAGUUAUGUUGUUUGUUACUUCCCCCACCAAAUCGUAGAAAGCUUCAACUCUUAAUGCGCAUGAUUUCUCGAAUAAGUCAAAAUGUUGAUAUGCCCAAACUUCAUGAUGAAAUAGGUACAAGAUCAUUGAUGAUACAUACUUUUUCUCGGUGUGUGCUGUGUUGUGCUGAAGAAGUCGAUCUUGAUGAGCUUCUUGCUUCAAGAUUGGUUUCUUUCCUAAUGGAUCAUCAUCAGGAAAUUCUUCAAGUACCCACUUAUUUACAGACUGCAGUGGAGAAACAUCUUGACUACAUUAGAAAAGGCCACGUUAAAAAUCCUGGAGAUGGACAAGUUGUUCCUUUGCCAACAUAUUCUUACUGUAAGCAGAUUACUACUAAAGAAUUUGAUGAGCAGAAAAUUUCAACUUCUCAAGCUGCAAUUGAAGAACUUUUGGAGAAUGUUGUUAAAAGUAAAAGCUUGUCUCUAAAGGAGAAAAGAAGAAAACUGAGUCAGUUUCAGAAGGAAUAUCCCUUGAUAUAUAAGAAAAGAUUUCCAACCACUGAGAGUGAAGCAGCACUUUUUGGUGACAAACCUACAAUCAAGCAACCAAUGCUGACUUUAAGAAAUACAAAGCUUCACAGUUUGCGAUACUGACUUAAAACUUCAACAAAUGUGGCUAUACAUUAGAAUAUUUCUACUUAAAAUGAAGUCUUAAUAUUAUUGUUUCCAGUAGAAGGAGCUUACAUAAGGAGAUGGC